CAAGCGGUGCAAAUAUAAAAUCAGGAAUAAGCGAUGCUGGAAAAUAAAUUGAUGUAUGACCAUAAACCAAAGAGUGAAAUCGGCAUCAGGUUAUUCAUACCUUUCCUACUCUGAACGAGCCGAAGCGAAGAUUUGGCGAAGGAUUCUGAUAAACAGGAUUUUCCAAAGUUUAGGGGGAUUUCCUCUAUUUUGCCAGAUCUCCUGCAGUCAUGGCUCCCUCACUGGCCACUGCCUUCUCCAGGCGCUGGUGGAUGGCAAUUACUGCGGUUAUUGAAAGCCUGCUGUUCUCUGCUGUGCUUCUCGGAUGGGGCUCGCUGCUCAUUAUGCUGAAAUCAGAGGGCUUUUACUCCUUCCUCUGCAGAGAGCCAGGUAACAGUACUGGGCAGAAUGCAUCUGACAAUGAUAAUAGUACAACAAGCCCGACAGAUGAAGAGGAGUUUCUUCAGAUGAAAGGCUGGCCCAUCUGCAAAGAACAAGACGAGAUGCUGAACCUGGCGUUCACCAUCGGCUCCUUCCUCCUCAGCGCCAUCACGCUGCCUCUCGGCAUCAUCAUGGACAAAUACGGCCCGCGCAAUUUGCGUCUGCUCGGCAGUGCCUCCUUUGCUCUCUCCUGCAUCCUGAUUGCAUAUGGAGCCAGCAAUCCAGGAAAUCUUUCCAUCCUGAUCUUUUUCGCCCUGGCGCUGAAUGGGUUCGGAGGCAUGUGCAUGACCUUCACCUCGCUCACGCUUCCCAACAUGUUUGGUGAUCUCCGAUCGACUUUUAUUGCACUCAUGAUUGGCUCGUACGCCUCAUCAGCAGUCACCUUCCCAGGAAUAAAGGUGAUCUAUGAUCUUGGUGUUGACUUUAUCACGAUCCUGCUGGUGUGGGCUAGCUGUGCCGGUCUGGUCUUCAUCAAUUGCUUCUUCAACUGGCCGCUCGAACCCUUUCCUGGACCAGAAGACAUGGAUUACACUGUGAAGAUCAAGUUCAGCUGGCUGGGCUUUGACCAUAAGAUCACAGGGAAACAGUUCUACAGGCAGGUGACCACAGUGGGUCGGAGGUUGAGUGUGGGCAAUUCCAUGAAAAACCAUCCUAAACAGCUGGCCACCCAGGAGGGCAAUAAACUCUGCCUUUCCACCCUUGAUCUAGAGGUCCAGUGCAAACCAGAAGAGGAAUCCCAGUCCUUCAUGAAGAGCAUCUUCAGCCCCAUAUUCAUGCUCAGCCUCAUCACAAUGUGCGUGACUCAGCUCAGACUCAUCUUCUACAUGGGGGCCAUGAACAAUAUCCUAGACUCUCUUGCUGGUGGAGACCUAAACAAAGUGGAGAGGAUGGAAAUGGUGAGCACGUACACAUCUAUUUUUGGGGUGCUGCAGUUACUCUGCCUCAUGACGGCCCCUGUGAUUGGUUGCAUUAUGGACUGGAGGCUCAAAGAGUGCGAGGACGGUAAUGAGAAACAAGUGGCAAAGGAUCCUGCUCAGCCAAAGAAACGUGACAAACAGAUCCAGAAGAUCACCAAUGCCACCCGUGCGUUCAUCUUCACUAACCUGCUGCUGGUCGGCUUUGGGGUGACCUGCCUGGUGCCCAACCUUCCUCUACAGAUUUUGUCAUUUGUGCUGCACACCAUCGUGAGAGGGUUUAUUCACUCUGCAGUUGGAGGAUUGUACGCUGCAGUAUACCCCUCCUCUCAGUUUGGCAGUCUGACGGGAAUGCAGUCUCUUAUUAGUGCACUUUUCGCAUUACUGCAGCAGCCUCUGUUCAUGGCCAUGAUGGGCCCGCUGGAUGGAGAUCCACUUUGGGUGAAUGUGGGGUUACUGGGCUUGAGCAUGUUGGGAUUCUGCCUGCCCAGCUAUCUUCUUUGCUACGGCAGGCAGCUGCGCAGACAGAAGCAGGAACGUGAAGAAGACCCCAAGAUCUACGUCCAGAUCAACAACAGCGCCAACCCAGAGGCCUUCGUCUGAAUCUGACGCGCAGACGACAGCAGUCCGCUACAGAGAGCAGUAGGAAGGAGGGAAGAAGGGGGAGAGGACUUAAAGUCACUAGAGGAG